AUCUUUGAACUCGGAAAUACCCAGAUUAUUAAGCCUACCAGGAACUACACAGCCGAUCACGCCAACAUCUACAAAGCAAUGUCCUGAUAUAAACCUAAGAUGGCCGAAGCCUCCCCAACACCAGAAUACAAGUGUUUGUUGUGCAUGAAGCCGUACAACCAACCGAGGGAGCUACCGUGUAACCACACAUUCUGCUGCCCGUGUCUGACGUCAUAUAUCAAUAAAGAACACAGGACUGCAGACGAGGACCGUCACUACUUUCCAUGUCCAGUCUGUGACAAACCAACUAGCCCACGUGACGUCAACACGGAUGUAAACACCUGCGGGACCUCGUUUCCCAUAAACAAUCUCUUCAUCAACCCCACAGUAAAGACGUCGGAUGACGAGAACUGUGAGGCUUGUCAAAGGGUAGGAGAAUCGAAUCCUUCCGUUGUCUGGUGCACUGACUGCGCUGAAUUGCUCUGUAAACAAUGUAGAAGUUUUCACGAACGGAUCAAAGUGUCAGCAAAACACCGACUUGUUCCCAGCAAAGAUAGAGGAUUUGGCGAUGCAAAGGUUAGCGAAAACUGUCCAAUUCACGAAGGACGGCCCUUGGAUGUUUACUGUCUUGAUCACAGCUCUAUGUGUUGUGGUAUAUGUGUGUCCGUUUCACACAAAAAUUGUAAUCGCAUCAAACCAAUAGAUGACGUGAUCAAGACAAGCGUCACCGGACAACCUUCACCUGACACAGCAUGGGAAAAUAUCAAAGAUGAGGCAACGACGAUGUUAGAGGACGAUGAGUCUGAGAUGACCUUAUUGAACUCAAAAGAAAAGGAAGUAACAGUGGAGGUGGCGCGAAUAAUACAGCAAGCCAAAGACAAGCUUGAUGGUCUCAACAUAACGUUUAAAUCGGAACUCGCGGAUAAAUGCAACACACUCAGAAAACAGGUUUCUGAUCGAAUGAAUUGUGUAAAGAAAUUCCGCACAAAUUCAGAAAAUUCCAAUAUUUUGAUGACUCGUAUUGACAAGCAGGGGACGGACCGUCAGCGAUUCAUCACGAGAGAGAAAACGAAACAUCAGAUGUCGGGACAUUAUCGCCGCAUGGAUCAAAACACCAAGAAGCAGCCUAACACGUUUGACCUGAAACUCAAUAUAGGAACUGUUAUCGACGACAUCUUGAAAUUGACAUCCAUUGCGAAAGUUGACGUGACAUCGAAAAUAUCAUCGACAUCACGGAAAGCGGAUUCACGUAUCGGUACCUUGCUAGCUACUCUGAUGGCAAAACCUUCAGCUACAACAUUUGCCGACUCUACUUCAGCGUCCGACCUCGUCGGAUCUCCAACUCAAGGACCGGCAACAGUGGAUGUGUGGACUGGUUCCGUAUCUUGUGUACUCUCGGUCGACAGACGUUCACUGGCAGGAGAAGAAACGCCUUUCUUUACAGGAGGAAUGUUUACUGAUAACGAUGAGUUACUUGUCACAGAUAACUACAACUGCAGACUCGUGUUGUUUGAUGACAAGUAUCGCUACAAGAGAGAAUACAAAGUAAAAAGAAACCCAUAUAAUGUAACGCGUGGACUUAAUAUUGAUGAGAUACUUGUUAGCAUUGGAGAAGGUGGAUUUAUGAGAUGUACACUACGGAACGGUCAGCUAACCGUAACGGAAACAAUCAGCUGUACCACCUAUGGAAUAGCAGUUCUCGGAGAUAACAUACUAGUUGGUAUUCGGAAUAAUGUGGAAGUAAUGUCAUCAGAUGGGAAAUUUAAAAAGUCAAUACAGAAGAAGUGUGGGAGCGUCACACAUCUUGCUACAUCUACAUCUACGUCAACGUUUUACUACAGUGAUGGUAAUGACAUCGUGUGUAGACGACUAGACAGCGACGUGGAAGACUACAGAUACAGUGACCCUGGUCUGAGUGAUCCUCGUGGUAUCGGACUGGACCGUGACAACAAUGUAUAUGUGUGUGGAUCUAACUUUGGCAAUGUUUACAUUGUUUCACCUGACGGGUCACGGGGGAAGGUACUAGUUCCCAGUCUCUCUAGUAUCACCAGUCCAUACGGGAUAAUUGUCCAUCCCACCAAACAGGAGUUCGUAGUCACAUCCAACAUGGAGGCUACUUCACUUGAGGUGUACAGAUUCGGUGACAAUGCCGGAGUUAUUCAAUGAACACAUUGGUAUCAUUUAGGUGGUAUUCGUUGUUUGUUAAAAAGAUAAAAACGACCGUAAAUGACACAUCAAGGGUUUUUGUUACUGGACAAUAUAUUUCAACGUAAAGACCUCUGGCACAUCGUGAUGUUAAGUUUAUUUCCAGUUUUCAGAUAAGGAAUGAAAUUUAUCAAAUCUGGGGCAAAUCGACAAUUGUGUGAUCAGAAUGACAGCAACUUUGCCACCCAUUUUAUGAUAUAAGAAAAGAUCUUUUAAGUUCGUGUACAGUUCCCGAAUACUUCCUUUUUAUAUCCUUCAAGUACACUGUACCUGAUAGAUUUCAAAGUUCCUGAUGGUUCAUGUGUAGUUCAUGAAUAGUUCAUGUUAAAGUAAGGUAGCAGUGUACAGUAGCGUACGAUGGCCAUGGGUGAUAUUUUUAUACAAUGAAUGACCCCUGUAAUAUAACAUGUAUCAAAAUUUAAAAACAAAAAUCAGCACUAAAAUUUGCAUAUACAUGAGGAAGUUGACUAUGUGGGCUUCAUAAUUUUUCAAAAAAAUAUAUUCGAAUUUGGUUUGAGACUACAGUUUUGGGCAUUUACA